AACUUCAACUAUCAUAUUCUAUUAUAAUAUUCUUUCCUUUAGGGAUAUACGUAUAUAAUAGCAAGAGCAAGAGCAAGAGCAAAAGUCAAAAGGUACAUUACACAGAAGUCAAAAGGUAUAAAGUUAAUUUUCUAAUCAACCAAGCUAAGAUGGCACACAAGGAUGUCGUUGUGCAUGAAGAAGAAGAAGAUUUCGGAGCUGCGAUGCAGAAACUUGAGAUCCCUUACGAAGAACUGGAACAAAACUCCAUCGAUGACGAAAUAAGAGAAAUCAUGAAAGAUUCAAAUUCACUACUUGAAGAUUAUCGAGAGUUUGAAGAAGAUCUUAGCCACAACGUAUCUAUCAAUGUAACAAACGAUUUAAAACCGUUUAGAACCUCCUCAAAUUCACCAACUAUGACGAGAGUACGGUCUCUUGCACCAAAACGGCCGAGAAACAAGAGAGGAAGACGAAAAAGACGGUUCUUCAAGAGUACGGCUUAUCUCUUUGAUUCUGAAGUUGACGUUACAGACAAAAUUUGUUUACAUUGUGGGACGAGAAACACACCCUUAUGGAGGGAAGGUCCCAAAGGUGCGGGAACGCUUUGCAACGCUUGCGGGAUGCGAUACAGAACAGGACGACUACUUCCCGAGUACCGUCCUGCUUCAAGUCCCGGUUUCAAACCAAACCUCCAUUCGAAUUUUCAUCGGAGGGUUAUGGAAAUCAGAAGAAAGAGGAACUAGCGUUUAGUGAGAUUCGUAUCAGACUUGUACUAGUAAAUUAGGGUUUACUCUGUUUUCUAUUAGUUUUAGGGACAA